AUGGACUGUUUGACUAAAACAUGUCCUCCCAAAAGUUGGAACGAAAGGUUCCUUACAGACCGCAAUUUCAAGGAAGAGGAGCCUUACGUUAGGAUGAAAAGCGAUGUGCAGUCAGUCUUUGGGGGCAUCGAAAACUUCAUGCAGGAUUCAGAAGUGUCACUGCCAUCAGAUCAAAUUGACGAUGUGGUUGAAUUCUGUCAGGGCAGUCGUCCAGACGACCUGCGAUCAGGUGGUGGGAAUGCUGGCAGAUAUCGGCGUGCAUGGCUAGAUGACAGAAAAUAUUCCCCUGAUGAGGCCAGUGGAGUUCCCAGGAAGUAUGCCCAAAGUCCUUUAACGCCUUCUCAGCUAUACAAAAUACUACAAGCUCGGCGUGCUCCUCGAGAGCAACAAUCUCAAAAAGUGGAGUAUGACAGAAACUGGACUGAUCUGUGGUUCCUGAAGUCUCAGAAGAACAACUUGCACCACUAUCGUAUUCAUGAAGCUCAGAUUUCGUUCGUCAUUGUAGGGUCGGACAAUUACAGGUGGGACGGAUAUUGUUUUGCCUUCGAUGAGGAGGAGGAUUUACUAGAUGAUGACACCCAUCCCAUCUUCAAGGAUGAUCCAAUCUCUUGGGACGGGAAAAGUUGUCGAUGUGAUGCAAAUCGCCCGAUUUGGGAUCCUAGGAAAUAUUUUCUCGCCGUCUUUGAAAGCCGAAUGUGUCAAAUUUUAGCCGAGUUUGAACGUCUGGUUCGAAUGAUAGCAAAGAGCAUCAAUCGAUAUGAAAAUGCUGCUCUCCUUACUUUGUCACAACACCCGCAAUACCAAGCCUAUGAUGCAAAGGGAGAUUUUGAGAGGGUCCAGCUAAUAAUGCGCCUCCUACGUCACCUGAUAAAUGUCUUGUCAAAAUAUGAUCAAGCUUGGGAGAACUUUAGCAGGCAUGAGGGAGAUCUUGGUUACUUUUUGGAUAUUGUGGAGGCCAACGAUCUCUCAUCUGCACAAGCUCGCCUUUCGAUCGAGGCUAUUAAGCAGGCCUUUGUUAGAUUACGACAAUGCAAACGAGAAUUGUGUGACCUGGAAGACUUGUGUAAAAACUCAGCGCGAAUAACCAAGCUCCAACUGCAAUUGACGCUCGCGGGCAGUAACUCGGCACGAAAUAACGAAAUUGUGACAGGACUUACAGCUUCGAUUGUCAACCCAAUCGCUGUCGCUGCAGCGCUGUUUUCCAUGCCAGAUGCGGUGAAAGUCAACCCUAAACCAUUUGUCGUUGCUAUCAUUAUCAGCGUGGCCCUGAUGAGGCUGCUCAUGUCCAUCCCUGGCCUUUUCGGGUGGUGGCCUGGGGUCAAUGCAAGAAUAAAGGCUAUCCAAUGGGAUCCGCGGGCAUAUAUGAAAGUGGUAACCACACAGACACGGCAUGGCGCAGACGAGGCGAUCUAUGAUGUGGAAAUGCACCCCGUCGAUAAUCAUGCAUGUAAUCUUGAGUCAUGA